CAAUUAUCGGACAAAAUUUGCCCAAAUUCGCUUUACCCAGUAACAUCUGCCCAACUUUUUUUUACAGUGCAUGAGGAUCGAGCGAGAAUUCGGACACAGCCGACCAGACACAGCGACAUAUACGGAUUUAGAAAAGACAUUGAGACUCUCCGGUGGAGCGGAUGAAAACGAGGGGCGCAUCGAAAUCUUUCACGACCGUGAGUGGGGCACCGUGUGCGACGACAGCUGGGACAUCCAGGAUGGAGUGGUAGUUUGUCGACACCUUGGCUACUUUGGCGUUGACACGGUGUACGAGGGAGCUCAUUUUGGCGAGGGUUCUGGGACUAUAUGGCUUGAUGAUAUGCAGUGCAGGGGCACGGAGGACAGGUUGAGUGAUUGUUCUGGAGGAAGUAGUUGGGGAGUCCAUAACUGCAGUCAUGCAGAAGAUGCCGGAGUGAGGUGCUCAUUGACUUCGGGUAAUGGAGAAGUGCGAUUGGUUGAUGGCCCCUCCGAACGGAAAGGGCGCCUGGAGAUCUUCAAGGACUUUCAGUGGGGCAGCGUCUGCGAUGAUAGCUGGGAUAGAGCAGCUAGCGAAGUGGUCUGCAGGCAGUUGGGCUUCUCUGGGAAAGCGGAUUACUUCACAGCCGAUCAGAAGGGGUAUGGUACUGUGGAGGGCCUGAUUUGGCUCGAUUCCGUGACGUGCUAUGGGUAUGAAGAGCGAUUGGAAUACUGCACUGACAGCGGCUGGGGAGUGCAUGACUGCACACAUUCAGAAGAUGUAGGUGUAGCAUGCGACGCCACAGGUGAGAAUACAUAAGGGCGGAUCAAGAAUAUUGUAGCAUAACUAGUCCAGUAAGUUAGUAAGACAUAGAGGGCGUUACUGAUAAUUGUGAAAUAUAUAUGUGCAUGGACAUCGUAAGAAGUCGGUCAGUCGAUGUUGAGCUGUCGUUGCGACAGGUACAAGAAACUAUAUAAAGUUACCCAAACUGCCAA